GGGGGGGAAAGGAAGGAGAGAGAGGCACCUGCUUCAGGAGGAACAGGCUUCCCCGCCAUAGCGGAGGGUACACUUUCUACGGAUGUCUGCGAUGAUUCGGAAGACCAGGAAACAACGCCAAAUUAUUCGAGCGCGGGUGGUUUCGAUGUGGAGCACAUAAACAGCUCCCGGAUUGUGUGUGUGUUAGCUGUAGGUUUUUUGGAGCGUGAGCGGACGUCGGGGCGAGAGAGGCUUUGUGUGUGUGUGUGUGUGUGUGUGUGAGCGUUUGACCAGACAGACCUGAAAAUCAUGGGCGCAUGAAUGUCAUUCCGGGUUACGGGGUGUGUGUCGCCUUCAGGCGCUUGUGUCGGCCGGAGUGUGGAAGAUAGGGUGUGAUUCAUGGAGAUAAGGUUUGAGGUCGUGAUACGGAGGUAGAAGAGUGUCGAGGUAAAACGAGACGAGUUUUGUAAGUGGCGCGUGCGUUGGACAGGGGGGUGAUACAUUUAUAUCUAUAUGUAUAUAUAUAUGUAUUAAAGCAGGCAGCGAAGGGGAUUGGAAGAGGAGGAGGAAGAGGCAGAGGGUGGUGCGGACUGGUUCGGCGAUGGCGAAGUCCAAAGCUGCUAAGAAAUCUCUAGACUCGUAUACUGUGAAAGGCACUAACAAAGUCGUGAAAGGGAAUGACCUCGAACUGCUUUGGAAUUAUGAUGGAUACAGUGGGAGAUACCGUCUUAAUGCGUGGACAAGAUCCAGAGAAACCACCUUAUGUUGCGAAGAUAGAGAAAAUCGAAGCUGACGGUAGAAAUAACAGCAACGUGAAGGUCCGUUGUCGAUGGUAUUAUCGACCGGAAGAAUCAAUGGGAGGCAGGAGACAAUUUCACGGAACGAAGGAGCUCUUUCUUUCCGAUCAUUAUGAUAUACAAAGCGCGGAUACCAUAGAGGGAAAAUGCACUGUGCACACGUUUAAAAAUUACACAAAGUUGGAAAGUGUUGGUGCAGAAGACUAUUUCUGCCGGUUCGAAUAUAAAGCAUCAACUGGCGGGUUCACUCCUGAUCGAGUUGCUGUUUAUUGCAAGUGCGAGAUGCCUUACAAUCCUGAUGACUUGAUGGUUCAAUGUGAAAUCUGCAAAGACUGGUUCCACCCAUCGUGCAUGAGUAUGACACCGGAUCAGGUGAAGAAAAUGGAAAAGUUUUUCUGCCCUGAUUGUAUUUCUCAAUCCGGAGAGAAGAAGGUGCGGCAAUCGUCUCCUAGGAGUUCACCUGCUACUGACCAUGUCAAGCCUGAUGCAAAGCGGCGGAAGAGAUGAUUGAGGAUCCUACUUUCAAGUGGCUUGGGCUGGGCUUUCACUCGGUGCUACCGCACAUUUUGUGUACAAGAUAUGCUCUGAAGGAGAUGACAUAGUACUCAGGUUAGAUUCUGGGAAAAAGAAAUGUGUAGGACAGCAAUGUAUGCACAAGGCGUUGGCUUUAAAAUUUUGUGGUGAGGGCCGUGCAUUGCACAACCUUGCAGUCUGACACUGGAAAAAGUUGUGGCAGGGCUCCUGCUACGUGUAUCUGUUGGUUUCUUAUUUACCCCAUGUGGUUCAACUUAUAGUUUCAUUCCUCUCUCCACAUCCUUAAUGAGACUCCACAAACUCCUCUUGGACAUACCUUUUCUUGAAUAGAAGUCAAAUGGACCAUUUGCUUGGGGCUGGAAAUUCCAAGUUGGAUUGUAAUGUGCACCAAUUUCUAACAUGUUAAGAUAGAGGAUUCUUUCACGACA